CCCAUGCUCAGGCUGUCGCGAUGAUCUCUCUCUCUCGGCACUUUAUAUCGUCGCUGGCCUCUAGGCAGUUUGUGACGCGGUCAAAGUCUACUCUAGUAGAGGUCGACUCAGUUGGGAUUCCAUUGAAGCCGACAUGGUCUGUUAACGAACUUUUAUCAUCUUACCCGCGCCCGGCCGUCUCCCCAUCUGAGCUGAAGCGGCUCCACGAACUGUCCGCACUCAUUCCUCCUGCCGACGGCACGUCAGAACAUACGAAGCUGGCGCAGGAGAUGGAGGAGCUAGUUAAGCUGGUCGAAGCGGUCAAGCUCGUGGACGUUGGCGAGGUCGUCGAGGAAGGCGCCGUACCAGACGGGAGGAUUUGGGCUUCCGGGCAAGGCGUUAGCCUGGACGCCGAGGCGUUCGCUGCUUCGGAGGACGCAGAUGCUGUUAGUGGACGUGCUUUACUUGCGCACGCGUCACGGACCAUGGAGGGCCUGUAUGUUGUCGAAACAGACAAGCCUCGGGGUUGAAGGCGCACGCGUCGAUUUCUGUGCCGCAUCGUGCCACGAGGCUUCCGGAACGAGCUCAUUUACAGGAGGCCACUUCGCACCAAGUAUGCGCACCCGCUGGGAUGGGCUCAUGCGUAAUUAUUGCUGCUAUCCAGCUGCUUGGAGGAUGCUACUUUUGAGUGGAGGCGGCAUGCAACAAUGUAUUGGCCGGUCGUACUUAUCCCUGUUCACUCGUUAUAUCUUCCUCUCAGAUAUCGGCUGGGUAACAUCAUUAGGCCUCUGAUCAAUGUCUUCAAGUAUAACUCGCAUACUCUACCAGCGACCCUUGGGGCUCGCUCUGAUACUCUC